GUCCCCUGAUGGUAAAAACAGCAUGAUGAAACUUGCUCAAAGAAUGGUGAAUAGUUUUUGUUCUAGCAUCAGCACGUCUAACAGCCAUCGAUGGACCACUGUUUCUGGUUCUAAUGAGGUCAGAGUCCGGGUUCAUAAAAGCACAGAUCCUGGACAACCCAAUGGAGUAGUACUUAAUGCAGCUACCACGUUCUGGCUUCCAGUUACACCACAAAAUGUCUUCAAUUUCUUCAAGGAUGAAAGAACUCGAGCACAGUGGGACGUUCUUUCUAGUGGCAGUGCAGUUCAAGAAGUUGCUCAUAUUGCCAACGGCUCACAUCCUGGGAACUGCAUCUCCGUUCUUCGAGCAUUCAACAGUGGGCAGAAUAAUAUGUUAAUACUCCAAGAGAGCUGUAUAGACUCAUCGGGUUCACUGGUAGUAUACUGCCCAGUUGAUCUAGCAGGCAUCAACAUAGCAAUGAGCGGAGAAGACCCGUGUUAUAUUCCGUUGCUGCCAUCAGGAUUCACCAUCACACCUGAUGGUAGAGCAGAUACCGGUGACAGAGCGUCAACGAGCUCAAACACACAUGGGAGCACGGGUUCAGUAAUAACAGUGUCAUUUCAAAUACUCGUAAGCAGCUUGCCAUCUGCGAAGCUAAACCUGGAAUCAGUGACAACGGUGAACAACCUUAUCGGCACAACUGUCCAGCAAAUUAAGGCAGCAAUGAACUGUCCAGAUUGUUAAUCAUCUGCAAGCAGCUUUAAGUAUUGGAGGUGUUAGUUGAGGCUUUGAAUGCAGUGUCAUAAAACUACACGUUUUUUGGGGUUUUGAGAAAUUUUAGAGAUUGA